AUGGAUCUUGGAACCGUGUUGUCCGUUGCUCAAACUCUGUUUGCUUCUCUUCAAUGUUCGGAGCUCAAAGAAUUGAGCUCCUUUUUUGGCGUUGGGUAUAAAUCCCAACUUGAAGACCUCCAAGAGACUGUCUCCACUGUCAAGGCUGUGCUCCAAGAUGCUGAGAUCAAGCAGGACCAGCUUUCUUCUGAAGCACAACUCUGGAUUCAGAAGCUCAAGGAUGCUGUUUAUGAUGCUGACGAUUUGUUGGAUGAGUUCGUCACUCUUGUUAAGCAAAAGCAGCUCAUCAAGGGUCAGAAACUCUCCAAAAAUGUGAGUCUCUUCUUUUCUCGUUACAAUCCUAUUAAGAUAGCUCACUCUAUGUCCCAAGAGGUUAAGAAAAUUCGGAGGAAGUUAGAUGCUAUUGCCAAAAAUCACUCUCAAUUUGGCAUUAGUAUUGAUCCUCAGCCUAUCAGGAGGAGGAGGGAGGAGACAUGUUCUUACAUCUGUGAGCGUAGUAUCAUUGGGAGAGAGGAUGACUUGGAGGAACUUUGGGAAUCGGAGGAAUGGGGAAAACUGCUCUUGAGGUUGUGGACUUGUGUCUCUGAUCAUGAUCAGGUGCAGUUGGAUGUGGAAAGUAUACUUCGUAAGAUUUAUGCUUCAACUGGUCAAACGCAUGAGGAAUCUACCAUAGAAAGGUUACAAAGCAAACUUCGAGAAAAAUUAUCAGGCAGCAAAUACUUGCUUGUUUUAGAUGAUGUAUGGACUGAGAAUCGCAACCACUGGCUUAAGCUUGUAGAGUUCUUAUUGGGAGGCCAGAGGGGAAGUUGGGUUGUGGUAACAACACGGUCGCACAAGACAGCCCAAAUUGUAGGGGGUGGUAAAAAAUAUGAGCUCCAAGGGUUGUCAAAGGAGAAUUCAUGGUCCUUGUUUAAGAAAAUAGCAUUUGGAUCAGAACAAUUAAGCCCUCACGAAGAUUUGUUGAAGAUUGGCCGAGAGAUUGUUGAAGGAUGUGCCAGUGUCCCUCUUGCCAUAAGAGUGGCAGGGAGUCUUCUGUAUGGUCAAGACAAGAGUAGAUGGAUAUCAUUUCAGGAGAUUGGGUUAUUCAACUUCAGAGAAAGCCAAAAGGACAUCAUGCCUAUACUCAUGUUUAGUUAUCAUCAACUUGAAUUGCCCCUCAAAAGUUGUUUCACAUACUGUGCAUUGUUCCCAAAAGACACUGUCAUAGAGAAGGAGUUGUUGAUAAGCCUUUGGUUGGCACAGGGCUACGUUGUUCCGUUAGAUGAUGGUCAAAGGUUGGAAGAUGCUGUUGAGGAGUAUUUUACUAUUCUGAUGCGGAGAUGUUUUUUUCAAGAUGUAAAGCAUGAUGAAUAUGGUGACAUUAUUUCGUGUAAGAUACACGAUCUAAUGCAUGAUAUUGCUCAAAAUGUAGCAGGGAAGAAAAUUUGUUAUAAAAAUUCUGUAACAGACAUUAUGGAUAGAGAAGUCCGACAUAUUUCCCAUGUACGAAGUACAUCCUUGCAAUACUCUUUUUCUAAGACCCACAUUCGUUCCUUUCUGGAUGUUGGUUCAUGGUAUGUUCCUGUUGGGAUUGACGAAUCUUCCUUGAAGGCAUUAGUAGCAAAUUGGAGGUUUUUGAGGGUGUUGGAUUUGAGUAGGUCUGGUAUAAAAUGUUUGCCUUACUCAAUAGGUGAAUUGUUGCAUUUAAGAUAUUUAGAUCUCUCAUACAAUGGUAUAGAUGUGCUUCCGCAAUCAAUUACCAAGUUAUAUAAUUUACAGACAUUGAAAUUAUAUAUGUGCACGCAAUUGAAAGAGUUACCAAAAGAUUUGAUGAAGUUGGUUAACUUGAGGAUAUUGGACAUAAAGGCUUGUUAUGAACUAAGUAAUAUGCCAAAGGGCUUGAGUAAGUUGAGUUGCCUUCGUGUGCUGAGUAUGUUUGUAGUGGAUGGAUUAAAGGCAAGUCAGAAGCAAUGGUUUGAUCAACUGGGGGAGCUAAAAAGACUUAACAGCCUGAAAGGUGAUCUUUCUGUCAGAAUCAGAUUUUUUGAAAAUGCCAGCGCAGUUAAGGAAGAUAUAGAUAGGGAAGGAGCAUAUUUGAGGGAUAAGGAACAUCUCAAAUUUAUUAGAAUAGACUUUGAUGGUACGGGGAUUGAUGAUGAAGAAGCAAGGAGAUUAAUGGAAGAGCUGCAACCACAUCCGAAUCUCAGGGGAUAA